AGUCAAGGAGUCAAAUACUUGGUAAUACAGCGCGCGCAUUCACGCAUCGUGUUACUGUCGUCAUCUAUCGGUGGCAUCAUCCGAAAUCUCCGACUUGGCGCUCUGGCCGGCCAUGGUCUGGGGUCGGUCGGUAGCCACUGUGCACGCCAUCUUGCCUAUUUGUCCAUUGCGCAUGACUGCAGGCGCACAUCCCCAGUGGCUCAAUCUUCCUUAUAGUCGUCAUGGGAUCUAAUCCCGUGCCCCAGAUUCGCCAGGUCAUCCCGGGAGCUCUGGUCAACAUUGUCUUGAAGGCUGAUCAGCGCACCGGUCGCGAAGUUCGAGGCACUGUCGCACAUGUGCUGACGAGAGGUGAUCAUCACAGGGGGAUCAAAGUGCGAUUGGUGGAUGGCCGCGUUGGCCGCGUUCAGAGCAUGGCUUCGAGUGCUGAUGGUGGCUCAUCGAUUCGUUCAUCUACUGGCUCAACGUUAACGGAUAAUCCGAACCUGUUGUCUCCAGUAGCACCGGCGUCAGAGAACCCUGGCGGGCACGGGGCUCAAGGGCCUCGGCCACGGUAUCGUGAUGCUCGGCUUGAGGAGCCACUUGAUGUUGCACCUGAACAGAUAAACUUAGGUGCUUAUAUUGUACCGUCUAGGCGCCGAGGAGGUAACAAGAAGAGCUCCAAUGCAAACCAAGCGGACGAAGCAAGCCGCGCAGAGAACAGCUCGAGCAGCAAUCAUUAUCAGCCGGACGUUACCUCGGCCGUUGCCACUUGUCCCGUGUGUGGGGCAUUUGAAGGAGAUGAGACUGCUGUCGCUCACCAUGUAGCUGAGCAUUUCGAGUAAGCCCCGCAAGGUUCUGUCUUUAUUAAUAUCGAGAUUGCUAUCCUUCAAGAGUGGGCUCAAUCUGGCGGUCUCCAUCUCGGUAUUGGACAACAACAGACAAAAGUCAGCUUCCGCUGCGUCACAGUGGCGAAGAUAGCAUGCAGCAAUCCAAACCAUUACAACGCCCACAUUGCACUAAGACGAGUGAACACAAGUCGUGAUCUCAUCUGCCUGGGCCGAAUACACAAUCGGCGGCUCAUUUCUUUUCCCAACAAGAACGAUUCUGCUCCCCAGUCCUAGGUAGGAGUUAGGGUGCCAUGACCAGAGGGGGCAUAUAGUCAGAGGUAUGUG